AUGGCCGCACAGGCUCACCACGCGAUGCCACCACCGCCAGAUCGACCACCCGCGGCCGCACAAGCGUCGCCUCGCGCCUCGAUGUACGCCCUGGACGUCCGACAGCAACCUCGCCAGGCUCGCAUGGCUGGUUCAGGCGAGAAAGCCGACAGGCGGCCUAUCGACCCACCGCCCAUCAUCCGCCUGCGCAUCCGCCGACCCUCCGCGCGCAAGAAGCCCGCACACCUCUUGACCGACGACGACUUGACCACCCCGACGCUCACCCACACCCUGUUCAUGUUUGCGUCGCUCGUAUCCGAGGACGGGGAGGAAGAGGCUGACGAGGCGGCGGAGUGCAAGAACGCGCUUGUCGCGGGGACGGUCGUCUCGAGCCUCUUUCACCUCCGCGACGAGAGCUGCUUCGUCUUUCCCGACUUGAGCAUCCGCACCGAGGGACGAUGGCGCUUCAAGAUGAGCCUGUACGAGCUGACAGAGGACGGCGUGCGCUUCUGCUCGAGCGUCUUGACCGACGUCUUCCAGGUCUACUCGAGCAAGCGCUUCCCCGGCAUGAGCAAAUCGACAGAGCUGUCCAAGUCCUUUGCGCAGCAAGGCAUCAAACUGCGCGUACGGCGCCCUGGCUCGAGACUCGACGACGCCGCACCGGAAGAACCGCCAGUCGGACCUCGACGGGAACCGCCUCUCAUCGCCAAAGCCCCCGCACGUCGCGUCUCAGCUACGAUGGCCGCUCCCGCACCUCGACGCCCAUCCGCACCCGCCUCGUCCGCCGCAGCGAACGAAGCGCUGUUCGACUCGUCCGCUCGGAAGCGACCAUGGAGUUCGUUCGACGCGGCGAAUGACACGCGCAUGGUUCGGCCAGCUCCGCCGCCUCCGCAUCCGCAUGGCUUGCACGGCGCGGCGGAACGAUGGCGAUAUGUCCCGCCGAACCCGAACGCGCGACGAGUCCAUUCGGAAUCGUUCCACCCGCACGACUACCGCGCACAUGGUCCGCCUCCGCCUGCUUACCCUCAUCCAGGCGUCCUGACCGCCCCGCAAGGCCUGGCGUUCACCGCGCCCGAUCCUCGCCUUCCGCCGAACACCCACCCUCGACCAUUCGCAUUCACGACCCCCGCUCCGCCUCGCCCGCUCGAUCCGACACGCACGAACGCAUACCCCGCGCACCCGCACGCACACGCACACGCACACGCACACGUACAUAUGUAUCCGCCUCCUCUACGACCUGUAUCACCUCCGCCUGUCCUCCCGCCUCUGCGGAACGUCCCUCAUCCUUCGACUCGUCCUCGAGCUUUGUCAAGCUCGCCUCCGAAAUCCGCCUCACGGCAGCAGCAACCCUCGCCCGAUCCCUCGCCCGAAUCAGACUUUGACGCCGCCGAGGCUCUCUCCUUCAUGCGCUCCGGGCGGGUGGAGUCGGUCGUCCGUCCUGUGCCCGUCAAGCCCGGUGCUGGUGGGCCGCCCGAGCCCGAGAAGGCCGAGAGGGAGGGAAGUAGGCCGUCGACUGCGACGGGUGGGAGUUUGGCAAAGUUGUUGGGGGAAGGGAGCAGUACCGCAAAGGGGGCGGGUGAGGUCUUUUUCAUGUGA